CUUCUCUUCAAACUCUCGAAAAUUCGUAUAUAUUCCCUCUUAAAUUCCUCCACCGCUCCGCAGUGGAUCUAUCCACCUGAUCCAGCCUCUCGCUCUUCCAUGUCCCAACAAGUCCCGUAACUCUCUCUCUCUCUCUCUCCCCUCUCUCUCUCUAGAAGCUUUCAACAAUGGCAGCGACGGAAACAGACUUUGAUCUCAGACCAUCUCCGCAGUCUAUAUACUCGGUCGGUGACUAUACAUUUGCGGAUGUGACUAAUUUGGACCACUGCGCUAAGUAUUUGAACCAGACGCUUAUCACAUUUGGAUUUCCAGCUUCGCUCGAUCUGUUCUCGAAUGAUCCGGUGUCAAUUGCGAGGACUUGCAAUUGUAUAUAUUUCUUGCUUCAGCAGAGACAGCGUGACAUUGAGUAUAGGGAAUCUGCUAAUGAACAGAGACAAAGACUACUUUCGGACAUAUCAAGAUUGGAGACUAAAGUUGAGAGGCUGGAGUCAGUAAUACAAGCUAAAGAUAGGGAGAUAGCAACAAUUACACGAACAGACACCAAAGCUAAGGCAGCUUUCAAAGCUCAAAUUGAAAAGCUACAGCAAGAAAAGGAUGAAUUUCAAAGAAUGGUCAUUGGCAAUCAGCAAGUAAGGACUCAACAAAUACAUGAGAUGAAGAAGAAAGAAAAGGACUACAUCAAAUUGCAGGAAAGGCUAAACCAAGUUUUAAUGGAGAAAAAGAAAGAAUCUAGAUCUGGAAUGGAGAUAAUGAAUCUGCUACAGAAAGAAGGGCGGCAACGGGGAACUUGGAAUGGCAAGAAGACUGAUAAUGAUUUCUAUAAAAAGAUAGUGGAUGCUUAUGAAGUUAAAAAUCAAGAAUUGAUGUCAGAAAAUGCUGAUUUGAAGGCAUUGUUGCGAUCAAUGCAGGUUGAUAUGCGGGAUUUCAUAAAUGCCCCGAAUGGACUACCUAAGCAACCCCUUGCUCUUAAUGAAAGGGUUGAGAGUGAAGGUGCACAGUCUCCAUUUGGUGGGAGGACGGAUGUUUUUGACCUUCCCUUUCAUAUGGCAAGAGAUAAGAUUGAAGAGAGCCUUCGAAAUAAGAUGGCUUCUAUAAAGGAGCGGAUGGGUCAGCUGCAAGAUGCUCAGAAAGGAGCUGAAGUUACUUCAGAAGCUACUGAGAGGGAACUUGAGUUAGAAGCACAACUUGUAGAGGCAAGGAGCAUAAUCCAGGAGCAGGCAUCAAUUAUGUCUAAACAUCUUGCCAAGUCUGAGAGGCCAAGGAAUCUUAAUAGUCCUUUCGAUUCUGGGAGAGAAUCCAUCAUUUCAUCUCCCACUGAGGGAGUAGGAAACAAACAAGCUCAGCGGCUAUAGAGUAUUACAUAGUUGGAGUGGCUGCAGAAACACGAAAACGAGUAAGAGCUGUCUUUUUGUAUAGCAAUUCUUAACCAGUUGAUGCAGGAAACUUGUUCUGCUUGUUUGAUUCAUACACUAAAGUCAUAUAUAGCUCUAACCUUAAUUACUAGUGUAAUUAGUAUGUAGCUUUCUCCAUUUAAAUUAUUAUGCUCGCGACUUCCACACGA